UUACGACAAGUUUUUAAUCAAAUUAUUUCAUUCAUCAGAAAGAAUUCAUAGUGAGCAGUUGUGAACUUUUUAUUAACUUAUAACUACUUGAUUUUACUACAUAACAUUCUUUGAACGCAAUUUAUUCUGCAAAACUGAGUUUGACAAUAAUUAAUUUAUCUAAAAAUUUUGUACGUUGAUUUCGUGAGAAUAAAAAGUUUAAACGAUGGCCACUGAAGUUGGUUCAGCCCCUGGUAUGCCGCAGCUGCAGUCAGUACAGAAGGCAAUGUCACUCCCAGCUGUGGGAGCGGCGGUUGGGCAAGUUGGAGCUUUCUACACCAGAGUCAAGGGAGCACAUUCUUUACUAGAAUGGGCGCUGUCCACCGCUGAAGCCAGUGUGACCCUAGCAGCUACGACUGCAGUGCCCUACGUGGCGGCUCACCUGGCGGCGGGCGACGCCAAGGUGGCCGCUGCGCUAGACGAGUUGGAGCGCAGAAUGCCACUCGUCGCAGAGCAGCCAAAGGUCAUCGUGGAGACCACCAAACAAGCUGUACUGUCCAGAAUCACACCACAGCUAAACAAGGUGUAUGGCGCGCGCGACGUGGCGGAGCAGCGCGUCAUGUCGCUGAAGGAGCUGACGUGGGCCAAGGCCAACGUGCUCCUGAGCUCGGCGUACGGGCAGAAGGCGCUGCUGGGCGUGGACUCGGGCGCCGACUACGCCAUGCGUCUGCUGGACCGCUACCUGCCGCCCGCGCCCGCAGAGUCCGCGCCGGGCGCCGAGCUGGCGCCGCUGGCCAGCGAUCCCGCGCUGCACACGGUGCAGACGGUGGGCCGGCUCAGCGCCGUGGCCGCGCGCCGCGUGUGGGCCAACCUGGCCGCGCGCGUGCAGCAACUGCGCGCCAACGGCAUCGAGCUGGACGUGCGGCGCUACGUCACCGCGUUGCUGGCCGCUCUGCACCUAGCGAAGGUGACCAGCCAGCAACAGCAGGGCGAGGCGGAGCCGCCGCAGAGCCAGACCGCCGUGCCCACCACCAACGGCCACCACGUUGACACCCACCACACAGCACCCACCACCACAGAGAACGCGAAGAGCACUGCGCCCACCACAACUGAGAAGGUCAAGAGCACUCCCGAGGCCAAGUCCGAUGGGGGGGACAACCACAAUUGAUCACCUAUCUGUAUGAUAUAAGAUUUAAUUGUAAGCUAUAUUAUGUAAAUUUAGUUUAUAUACAGGAUGGUUUUGACUGGUAUCUCCCUAGUUGAUAAAUGUAUACUCUGAAAAAUUUAUUUCUUACUUUUAUGUCAUGUGUAAAAAGUGUACCGAUACGAUUGGUGAAUAAUAAUAACUGGCUUGGUGCUUACUAGACUUACAAUGUCGGAACUGUAUUCUAAUCGGCUUAUUGCAUAUUUUUGUUUUUUGUUUGAUGUUAUUAUGAUUCAUACUUUUUUGGUAUAAUUAAAAACCUUGGCUAAAAUAAGCUUCUUUACAUUAGAAACAAAGGUACGCCCUAGAUUAAAAGAAGCCUACGUACCAAAUUAUUGUCGAAUCUAAGCAAUUUAAAUUCAUUUAAUUUUAAGGCAUACCAUUUUCCAAACCAUAUCCUGUAUAUAAUUUUAGUUUUUAGUAAAUGUAAUUGUAAGCAAAACCACACUGCUGAUAUAUGGUAAUGUAUCAUCGUUGUUCUGGUGAUUGGUAUUGAAUUUUGAAUGUAUUUUACUAUUUACUGUGCACCGUGUAAACUGUAUCAAGUCAAGGCUGAAGAUGUUUUUGGAUGUAUUUAUGAGCUUUUGUAAUGGAAAUGUAAUUUUUAUCAUAUUUUAAGAAAUAAACUUUAAUUGAAUUUUA